AUCUUAUCUACGGGCACGGUGGUAGGGAAGUUUUGAGAUCCCAAACGGAAAUAAAGGCCGGCGAGUCCAUCAUACUAAAAAAAAUUCCAUUCUGAAUUGGGAUAACUUGCUCUAGUCCCCGUCCUUUUUUCCCUCUCACUCUUACUCUGCUGUGCUUCUAUCCUCCCCUUCACCUUCAGACUCGGUUUACAGAAGAGAGUGUGUGAGAGGGAGAGGGUGAAGAAGAGAUCUGAUUUAAACUCGAUCUCCCAAAAUGACUUGGAUCGAUCGGACAAACAGACGGGUGGCCGACAGUUCAUUCGGUCGAUACUUUCGACUAGAACAUUCUGGUCACAGGAAGGAGCGAAAGGGCUCACGAUUCUUUACGGAGAUUCGUGCUGGUCUUGCUACGCUAAUAUCACUUGGGCAAAAACACAGCGAAGAAUACAUGCUAUGCGUGGGCAUUGUGCAACGAGAUCUGGUAACCGCAACUGCCGCCAUCGCCGCCCUGACAUCCUUCUUCAUGGGACUCGGAGCGAACAUCCCCAUCGCAUGCGCGCCCGGUAUGGGACUUAACGCCUACUUUGCAUACCAAGUCGUUGGAUACCAUGGCUCGGGGCCGGUGCCCUACAGGCUCGCUGUGACGGCGGUCUUCGUGGAGGGGUUCAUAUUUGUUGCCCUAUCGAUAUUGGGAAUGCGGCAGUGGCUCGCCAGGGCCAUCCCUGCUUCCAUCAAACUCGCUACCGGUGCUGGUAUCGGACUUUACCUUGCGCUUAUCGGGUUGACCUAUUCCGCUGGCAUCGGCGCGAUCACCGGCGCUGUGUCGACUCCGUUGGAUUUGGCCGGGUGUAAGCCCGAGUUUAGGGAUGAAGUUACUGGGGUUUGCGAAGGGUAUAAGCUGAGGAAUCCGACGCUUUGGAUUGGCAUCUUUUGCGGUGGGAUUGUCACCGCUUUUUUGAUGAUGUAUCGGGUCAAGGGUGCCAUCAUUGCCGGCAUCGCCCUUGUGUCGAUUAUCUCGUGGCCAAGACCUACGGAAGUUACUUAUUUCCCUUACAAUUCUGAGGGAAAUCAGAGUGACGUCCAACAAAUGGAACAUGUCUCACCAACUAAUCUCUGGGAAAACUCCCAGCACUCGUAA